GGUAAAUCUGCAGCAGCCGACGGCGGCGGCUGCGAUGGAGGACAGACUGUGUCACAAGCUCCGGUUGAUGGGCUUCCCGCUGGAUAUAACGCCGCAAAUGUUUCGUGGCGUAUGCGAGUCCCCAUCGUUGCGAGUUCACGCAUUUCUGCAUUGGUUUCUUGACGUGUUGGCGGUGGAGCAAUCGCUGGCAGUACAAUUUUCGGCGGCAGAACAAGCGACGCUGGCGGCAACAACCCUCGCCACAGGCACCGAUUUACAUGCCAAAGGAGUUGCACAAUCCAUCGACGACGACGAAGCACAACUCCUUGCAGAUAUUGAACGAUUGGAGAAGCAGCAUGCCAAGGAGACACGUAAAGUGCAUGUCUUGCGCAGGCACCUCGAGACGGUCCAAGACCAGGCAACUCGACUGUGCCCUCGAACUGUGUAUUCCACGGAUCCCACGAGCGGUCUGGAAGCUAUCGACGACAUCCUGAAUCAUCUGGCCGAGGGAUCGAAUGCACUGGAGUUGGCCGCGCUGAGCCCCACGGCAUGCAUCUCGCUGAGCGCACAAGAGGACAAGAUCCUCGAUAGCAUUCAAGCUCACGUGAUGCCAUACUUUCAGAGCUCGUCGCCGCCGCGAGCACUUUCGAUCAUUGCCGAGUCGCCCAUGCAGUCGCAUGCAGUCACGUGGAUGAUGGAUGCCAUAGCUUCCAACGAGGAAUAUCUAGAAGGCAGAGAAGAGACCGACGGAACGUCGUGGUCUCGUACAAUGGAUCAAUGGCGCGACGCCUUCUUCGCUGUCGAGUUCGAUUGGCUCCAUGCAAACCUUGCUGCUCUCGACGACGUGCCCUCCUUCAAUACGUCCAUAGAGAACGAAUUCGAAGCAGACGAAGAGCUUGAGGUCACCCAAUGGAUGCAGCAUACUCUCCCGGCCUUAGUGGAAGCUGUGGCUGAGGCCAAGGUGUCGUCGCUUGUGGUGGGGGACUAUCCUGCCAAGUAUACUCGGCAAGAGCAGCAUCUCGAACGCCUCAACGCAGUGCUUGUCGAGUUGGAGCGGCAGACUGCGCGACUUCAGUACGUACCUGGAUGGUCUGAAGACGCUGUCGGCCACGGGGGUGUAUAGGUUGAUGGUGCUUGUGUUAUCCCGUGAAAUGGACACAAUGAAGUCGGUGCAGCGGACGAUCUAUUCUGUUUUGCAGGAUAUGCAGCGCCAGCUGCAAGACGCUGUCAGUCGUGUGGUGCAACUGCAGGUGAAAUCCACUGGGCCGCAGUCGAAUAAUGAUGGCGACAGCGCUUCUCCAAGCCCUGGGCAUCCCAUGGACACGGGACAGGUGGAAUCGAUGCGACGUCAGGUGCGACACGAAUGGGCGGCGUUGGGCCAAGAACAAGAGAGUUUCAUCCAGCAACUUCGCGAUUUGUUGGAGAGCGCCCCAACUGUGACCGCCCCGCUCCAGCAAGUCUGCCACUUGAAAGACAUUGUCGAAACGGACGUGGCACGCGCCAUCCAGAGCAUCUACGCCAAGCAGCAGACCCUCGUGUAGCGCACUCCAAACACUAUUUAUUGAACGAACGAUGGCACACCUGACGA